AGUGGAGAAGAGCUGUCAGCUGCUCUCAGAAGCAAGUGUGGCAGCUGCAGGGAGAGACAAGCAUAAGGACACAGAGGAACUAGCUGCGACCUGCCGCUUGCCCACCUGGGAGAGAGCAAGGCAGCCAGGGGCAUGAGAUGGUCCAUGGAGUGGUUCUGCCCUUGGUGAGCUGUGAGUCCCUAACGUCAGACACUGGCAGGAACACGCCACAGGUUCUUCAAGGAGAGUUAUGACAAGGAGGAAACGGGCCAGCGCACUGAAGCCCUGGGAUUGCCCUUGAGAUCCAGCACUCCAAGACUACUUAAGAGAAAAUGUGGGCGAGGAAUCUUAUGGCAAGGGCCUUAUAUGACAAUGUCCCUGAGUGUGCUGAGGAGCUGGCCUUCCGCAAAGGAGACAUCUUAACUGUCAUAGAGCAGAACACUGGGGGACUAGAAGGAUGGUGGCUGUGUUCCCUGCAUGGCAGGCAAGGUAUUGUCCCAGGCAACCGGGUGAAGCUUCUGAUUGGUCCAGUUCAAGAGCCCUCUUCCAGUCAUGAGCAGCUUGCUGGACCCACGCAUCAGACCUUCGCCCAACAGAAACUCUAUCAAGUGCCAAACUCACAAGCAGCAUCUCGUGAUACCAUCUACCAAGUGCCACCUUCCUACCAGAAUCAGGGAAUUUACCAAGUACCCACUGGCCAUGGUACCCAAGAACAAGAUGUGUAUCAAGUGCCACCAUCAAUGCAAAGAAACAUUGGAGGCACUAAUGGGCCCCACUUAAGUAAAAAGGUGAUCACCCCGGUGAGGACAGGCCAUGGCUACGUGUAUGAGUACCCAUCCAGAUACCAAAAGGAUGUCUACGAUGUCCCUCCUUCCCACACCACUCAAGGGGUAUAUGACAUCCCUCCUUCAUCAGUGAAAGGUCCUGUGUUUUCAGUUCCAGUGGGAGACAUAAAACCUCAAGGGGUGUAUGACAUCCCUCCUGCUAAAGGGGUCUAUACCGUUCCACCAUCGUCUUGCCGAGAUGAAGCAGGACUUAGAGAAAAAGAAUAUGAUUUUCCUCCUCCAAUGAAACAAGCUGGAAGGCCGGACAUCAGACCGGAGGGAGUUUAUGACAUCCCCCCAACCAGCACCAAGCCGUCGGGGAAGGACCUUCACAUCAAAUACUCCUGUGAUGCUGCAGCAGCUCUGGAACGAGUGGCACGAAGGCACCAGAACCUUUCUCUGCAUCAUUCUCCCCCUCAGCUGGGACAGUCUGGGGGCACGCAGAGUGAUGCCUACGAUGUCCCCCGAGGAGCUCAGUUUCAGGAGUCGGCAGCAGAAACCAGUGAAAAGGCAAACCCAGAAGAAAGAGAAGGUGUUUACGAUGUCCCUUUGCUCAACGCAGCAGAUGCCAAAGGCUCUCGGGAUGUGGUAGAUGGGAUCAACAGACUGUCUUUCUCCAGUACGGGCAGUACCAGGAGUAACAUGUCCACAUCAUCCACCUCCUCAAAGGAAUCUUCUUUGUCAGUCUCCCCGUCUCAGGACAAAAGACUCCUACUGGACCCAGACACGGCCAUUGAGAAGCUCCAUCUGCUCCAGCAGGCCCUGGAGAUGGGCAUCUGCAGCCUCAUGGCACUGGUCACCACAGACUGGCGGUGUUACGGAUACAUGGAAAGACACAUCAAUGAGAUCCGCACCGCAGUGGACAAGGUGGAGCUGUUUUUGCGAGAAUACCUCCAUUUUGCUAAGGGAGCUUUAGCCAAUGCCUCCUGCCUCCCAGAACUGGUCCUCCACAACAAAAUGAAGCGGGAACUCCAAAGAGUAGAAGAUUCCCACCAGAUUCUAAGCCAAAUUAGCCAUGACUUGAAUGAAUGCAGCUGGUCCCUGAAUAUCCUAGCCAUCAAUAAGCCCCAGAACAAAUGUGAUGAUUUGGACCGGUUUGUAAUGGUGGCGAAGACAGUGCCUGAUGACGCCAAGCAGCUGACCACCACCAUCAAGACCAAUGCAGAGGCCCUCUUUCAAGCAGGUCCUGGUGGCUCCCAUCUGAAAAAUGGGCCUGACAGCAUCAUGAACUCAAGCGAGUAUCCACAUACCGGCUCCCAGAUGCAGCCAUUGAACUCUGGUGAUUACAAGGCUCAGGCCCACAACAAGCCAUUGCCUCCCACCCUGGGCAAGGACCAGCCCCCAGACUGCAGUAGCAGCGAUGGCUCUGAAAGGAGUUGGAUGGAUGACUAUGAUUAUGUCCACCUACAGGGCAAGGAGGAGUUUGAGAGACAACAGAAGGAGCUGUUGGAAAAAGAGAAUAUCAUUAAACAGAGCAAAAUGCAGCUGGAGCAUCAUCAGCUGAGUCAGUUCCAGCUGUUAGAACAAGAAAUCACCAAGCCUGUGGAGAAUGACAUCUCCAAAUGGAAGCCCUCUCAGAGUCUCCCAACCACAAAUAACAGCGUAGGUGCCCAGGAUAGGCAACUACUUUGCUUCUACUACGACCAGUGUGAGACGCACUUCAUUUCCCUCCUAAAUGCCAUUGACGCACUCUUCAGCUGCGUCAGCUCAGCCCAGCCCCCUCGGAUCUUUGUGGCACACAGCAAAUUUGUCAUUCUCAGUGCUCACAAACUGGUGUUCAUUGGAGACACUCUGACAAGGCAGGUGGCUGCCCAGGACAUUCGCAAUAAAGUCAGGAACUCCAGCAACCAGCUCUGUGAACAGCUCAAGACAAUAGUGAUGGCGACCAAGAUGGCCGCCCUCCACUACCCCAGCACCACUGCCCUGCAGGAGAUGGUACACCAGGUAACAGAUCUGUCCAGAAACGCUCAGCUGUUCAAGCGUUCUUUGCUGGAGAUGGCAACCUUCUGAGAAGAAAAGGAGUUGGACAGGACCAAGUGAAUUACUAAGGAAAACUGGAAAUACUAUCUGGUUUUUGUAAAUGUUAUCUAUUUUUGUAGAUGUUUAUAUGAAAAUGAAAUAUUUUAACAUUUUGUGAGUUAGACAAUUUUCGUGAAUUCAGGGAGCUGAAGAGGGAAAUCGUUUUUUCCCUGUGUGGUUCUUAUGUAUACAUAAAGUAUCUAAAACAUAAGCUGUAUAGAAAUUUGUCCACAUUUGUGAAUGCCGCUGUAUUCAUGUUUGUUUGUAGAUGUUUGUCUGAUACAUUCCAUUAAAAACAUGAAUUAAGAAGCACCUUAGUAAACACCUCCUAAUGCUGCAUUUUUUUAGUUUUUGUAGAAAGUGUAUCAGCUGGUUGUAAUAUUGCUCUGCAUGUAAUAGUGAUGAUUCUGAGCCUAGCACACCCAAAUCUGGUAAGUAUAGUAUAUUUUCAAGUGUUCACCUCCCACAUAACAAGUCAUGAUAUGAUUUAUUCUUCUCUGAAUCGUCUUUCAAACUGGACUGUCUUUAACACAUUAUGGCAAAAUGCCCUACUUCUGGUUGCAAAGUCGAAAGGCACAGCAAAUUUCUAAAAGUAUAUAUCAACUAAAGGUUAGGUGCUGGAGAGAUGGAAGAUGCCUGUGCUGUAUUAAGAGGCCUUGUCUACAUUGUGAUUGGGCUGUUUCAACACUGACAGGAAGCUACAAUAAAGUGAACACUUGUUUGCCUGGAGCUAUCCAGUCUCAUUUGUGAGUGAUUCAGCCAUCACGUUUUCCAAAGGAUAUUUUUAGAGUUGUAAAAUAAAUAACAUUUUCAGCUGGAAUUCACUGAAAACGUAUCAGACUGAUUGUAAACAAAAAUAAGGGAUGUUUCCAACUGCCAAUAGUUAAAGAAAGGCUUCUCUGGGGGACUUUUACCCUGAUUAUCUGAAGGAAACUGGCCAGCUCCUUGGUCACAUGCUUGGUCAGUCCUACAUCCUUCUUAAAACCUACAUAGGCAGACUCAACACUCAAAACAGCUGCAGAGUCCAUCUGAUCUUUAGAAUCCCCUGUGCCCACUGAUCUUGAGGAUAAGCCACAUCUCCCUGUGACAGCUAGUCACAGUAUCUAUCCUGCAGUCUGUCUCCCUCACACGUGCUAUGUGGACACAUCACAAUAAGCACAGCCACCAGAUUGAUCACAAGCAGAUAAAUUACCUCCUGUCUGGUGGGUAAAGGUAUUCCUUUAUUACCAGGUCAAGAAGUAUGUUUCCUGUAUGUAGUCUUUCAGUCUUUCAGGCCAUGGAAAUGAUUGCAUUCCAGCCUAUCUGGAAACAUCUUUUUAUUUGUAAUAGAUGUCUUGAUUGAAUUAACUUUACUGUUUUAAGCAACCAAAUCACUAAGACAGGGAAGGGUUUAAGAAGAAUGUAUGUGUGAUUUUUGAAAACGGGUGGAAGUUAUGACAGAUGGUGCUUUUCAAAACUGCUAUUGUAAUUCUCAAAGUUUUGCACUUCCAAAAAAGAUGAACAGUUGUCCUGUUGGAUAGGAAGUCAAUGUGUGGAGGAAGGGUGUAUGAAGCAUCAGUAACACUUGAAGAAGUCGAAGAAAUCAAGAAGGAUGUGCUUCUGGAUCUCACUGGAUGACAUGUAUGUGCUGGGCAAUGAUGAGUUGUCCUAACCUAAGUGAUGACACUGUACAUUGUCAAAACCAAACUGUUCAAUUUGUAUUGCUCUUUGCCAUCUUGUACAUACAGGCUAUUUUAAAGUCAUUAAAUUUUUAGAACUCUGUUUUCAUAA